AUGCUCAACAGCAUGUUGUUGGCUACCAUUCAGUAUUAUCAAGCCCAAAUGCUUCGUUUCCUGCCCUCGACGAUCCCAACCUCGCUUAAGGUCGCGUUGGUAGCAUGGCUAGCCAUCAACUUCCAGGUGAGCCAUCGGGAUACUAGCAUGGUACCCGUCACACUACUGACCUUUCGCUGCCCCAAAGUAUAGACUUUUCCCGGCCGAUGGCACGUGACCGUCCUCGUCCCCUGGUUGAACUGGAUGGCCCGAGCUCGUCUAGGUCUCUCCACUCCAACAACCUCGGACCCUGAUCCUCGCACCUUCAAGUUCACCCGAACGCUUUUCUCCGGUCCAGGGCUGUCCGAUGCGUUCGGCUUCCACCUGUCCAAUUCAUCCUACGCCUGGGCCGCCGAUCACGUACGAGGACCUCAUAUCUAUUCGCUUUUGCCGGUGCCGCUGUCGUUGAAAAACGUUUACUUCGCACUUGGGAGUACGGCGUUCAAGUUCACGAAACAGAUUGAUAUUGGGGCCACCUUCGACGUCACACAAGAGCUGGUCGCGUAUGAUAAGAAGUGGGCAAGUUCUUUCUUCGACCUUUGCUGCCGUUCAAGGCCGCCAUCACUGACCUUACCGCGACGUGUCCUUUCAGAUGUACUACAUCACAUCGUUCACAACAAAACCCAAAAAAGGUGGCCCACUCAUCCUGCACGCCACUUCUCUUUCCCACGUCGUCCUGAAAUGUGGUCGAAGGACCAUCGUCCCUGCUCGUGCGAUCGCUCUGGCCGGCUUCGGAGAACACGGCGCAGCGAACAAGGUGGUGGUGAACAGGAUGACGCCGAAGCAGAGGUUGGCUUGGUUGAUUGGGGAGGAUGAGAAGUCGGGGAUGAGUAUCAAGGUCGGGGAUAUUGAGAUGGGCAUGGAAGGCAAGAGCGAGUGGCCAGGAGCUGUCUCGGCAUAA